UAACGCAUCUCUAGCAUUUGCCAUCGGAUCUGUCAGGUGAGAAACACGCUCACGACGCUCAGCAUCCACGAGCUCAUCUCGAAAACCGACGCGCGCGUCAACAUACGAGUCGCUGACUGGGAAAUAAUACAGAAGAGCGCUCAACUUUGCAGCAAGAUAGAUUCACGCCUUUUUGAGGUAUUUUGUUUGAUAAAAGUCUUAAGCGACGUUAUUAUUCAAACUCGACAGACGUCGACGUAAAAAAAGGCACGAGGUACGUUACGCGCGCAUUUUUGGGGGGAAACCGCAAACCGUUCGCGUCUGACUGGACUGCAAGCGUCAUAUAAAACUGAAAAUGGGUUGAGGAAAAGAAAACGUCCAUAAAGGGAGUCGUGAGUAAGAUAAUUAUUCAACAACAUGAAGCCAUAUGUGUACAUUUUUAUUUCGAAACAGAUAUUUUACUGGCACGCGACUGGAAGAUAGCAGGAGCGCGUGCAGGUGUUUCAUUUUUUGAAUUUGUAGGAUUUUUUGUCACAUUCGCAAAUUUCUCUCUUGCUACUCUUAAGGACAUUUUAUUUGUUAUUCAGUUUUGAAUUUGAAGACAGCUUUAUGUGACUUUAUUGUGUUACCACAACUCUUGUUAGUAAAGACAAGAGAACCGUUUAGUUUACUUUCACAGUAUGUUGUCUAUCUCAAGCUAUACAAAUUUUGAAUCCAGUGAAUUUCAGGGAUCAGUUAUGUAUUUUCUUGCAACUGUUCCCCAUUUUCCACUGUGCUACCUCAGCGGAUUGGAAUUGUGUGUAGCACAGCAGAUAUCAAGAUGAUUAAAUUUUUUAAUUACGGUCUUCUGAAAACAGCAGAAGGGAAGUCUCCACAGAUGCCAUCUUUCGACUAAAAUAUAAUAAGUAAUUUGCAUGAAUCAUUUUUUGGGCUUUUUAUUAUUACAUGGAUUCAAAUUGAGCAAUAAGUUGAUGCUCAGAACUGUCCAUGCCAUCUUUCUUUGAUCUUACUGGACUGCUAACUUGUUGAAGUACAAUCACAGCUGAGAAGAUGAGAAGCACAGACCUUUAAACUCCUUCGCUGAGAGCUGUGUCACCCAUCAAUGUCUGAAGGACUCAUGGAUGCACUUGUCUAAGUAACUUUGAAGUGUAGUUGAUCAACUACAUAUAUCACUGCUACUCUGUAUGUUUCUUUUUGGUGUAAUCCAGCUGCUAAAUCUCAAAUUACAACAUAUAAAAGAGAUACAGUUAUAACAACUCCUCUACCUUCAUCUUCACCAGUUGUUUUAUCUCCCCCCCACUGUACGCAUCAGGUGGGGGGGGGGACUGGCUAAAGCCCAACUAUGGAGUCCAAUCCAGACAGCCCGAGUCGGGCUGUGGAGUAUCUUCUGGAGCUAAAUAACAUCAUCGAGAACCAGGCCAAACUUUUAGAUACGCAACGCAAACGUAUCGAGGAGCUCGAAACACAGCUAGACCGCGUCAACCAGGAGAACAAGGACCUUCGACAGGACAAGACCCCAGGAACCGAGAACCCAACACUGAACCACAACUUCACCCAGACCUCUAAGUCCGGUCAGCCAUCAUCGCUACCGAACCACAACGCUGGAGGUGUGCAUCAGAACAUCAACAGUAACACACCCACAUCCACGGUACCUGGUCCAGCUCGACGGACACACGCGAAGCUGAGCCGAGGCCUGUCUUGUGGGUCAGCCUCGGUUGAGAAAGAAAGGGGGAGACUGGAACGAAAUGACAGCAUUGGUACCAACAACACAUCAACUCUACGGAAACAUGAGAAGGAAACCCAGGGUUCAGAUUCACGUCCCUUCUCAGAGAGUUCCUGCAGUAAAUCUCUUUACGUACACAGCUCUGACCGUUACGGGGAUAACAGCUGUGGCCCCCCAGGCCCUCGGGCACCUUUUGUGGCUCCUCCGAGUCCAGCCAGUCUCGCAUGGGCACAACGUACACGCAACCAACCAGCUAGCCUGGCCCUACGUAAACAAGAGGAAGAGGAAAACAAGAGGUGCAAAACCUUAUCGGACAGCUAUGAGCUCUCUACAGACCUACAAGACAAGAAGGUGGAGAUGCUGGAGAAGAAAUACGGAGGUUACUUUGUGAGUAGACGAGCAGCAAGGACGAUCCAGACGGCGUUCCGUCAAUAUCGUAUGAACAAGAACUUUGAGCGCCUGCGUAGCUCGGCAUCUGAGAGCCGCAUGACACGACGCAUCAUCCUUUCCAACAUGCGACUGCAGUAUUCGUUUGACGACCGGCACCCUCAACCUCCCACCCCGACUCACUACAGUCACAGCCCAGGAAUGGGACCUCCACACUCUCCGACCUGCACCACGGAGCCAAGCUCCCCAUUACGGCCUGACUACACUCACCUAGAGGACUCCUUUACCAAACAAGUAAAGUCCUUGGCUGACUCCAUUGAUGAUGCCCUGACCUGCCGAACACGCAGGGAUGACUCCCAGGAAGGCAUAGGGGACGGAAGUGCUGUCGUGGAUGACUUUGGGGAGUGCAUCUGGAGCAGCAACAGCCACGCGUCCCUCCGCAGAGGCCUUGGAGACAGAGAUCGAGGAGGUACAGGGGGCCUAAGCAUGCACGAAGAUAGCACAGCUACCUCCUACAGCGACGUCACGCUCUACAUGGAUGACGGACUACCUUCCUCACCGCUCUCUCUUGACCGGGCACCCAGCAGCACAGACACUGAAUUCUGGGGGGGCAUUGGAAGCGGAGUGGGCGGUAGGGAUGACAGCCGUGACACGGAAGGGGGAGGAAGCAGCAACAGUCGGCGAAGCACGCCUUGCACAGAGUGCCGCGAUUUCAGAUUACGAGGAGGCCACUUACCGCUUCUCACGAUUGAACCGCCUAGCGACAGCUCGGUGGACAUGAGUGAUCGAUCCGACCGAGGUUCCCUUACCAGACAACUAGUGUACGAGCAAGACUCAGGGGGAGGGUCACCUCAGGGGACACUAAAACACAACCCAAAUGCUCGCUCAACAUCCUCGACCACCGCACAGGGUCAAACGCGCCCUGCUAGCCGAUCGCUACCGUCGCAAAUCCCACACCACAUGGCUCAUCACCAUCAUCACCACCAUCACCAGUACCCUGACACCCCUUCAUCCUCCUCAUCACCUCAACAGCCCCCAGCCACACCACUCUCAUCCUCUUCAUCAGCACCACUGCCCCCUGGUGGCCUGGAGCAACAGUGUUGCUCAGAUGGGGAUAAUGACUCAUUAAACUCAACCACAAACUCAAAUGAAACCAUAAACUGCAGCUCAGGCUCCUCAUCAAGGGACAGUUUAAGGGAGCCACUGCCUCCACUAGGAAAGCAGACCUACCAGAGAGAAAGCCGACAUAGCUGGGACUCUCCCGCUUUUAACAACGACGUGGUUCAGAGAAGACAAUAUCGCAUAGGACUCAACCUCUUUAACAAGAAGCCAGAGAAGGGUAUCCAGUAUCUGAUUGAAAAGGGCUUUGUGUCAGAUACACCAGUAGGCAUCGCUCGCUUUAUGCUGGAGAGAAAAGGACUGAGUCGACAGAUGAUUGGAGAGUUCCUUGGCAACAGACAGAAACAGUUUAACAAAGAUGUGUUGGAUUGUGUUGUGGAUGAAAUGGACUUCUCUGGAAUGGAUCUCGAUGACGCUCUAAGGAAGUUUCAGGCUCAGAUUAAAGUUCAGGGAGAGGCCCAAAAAGUUGAAAGACUUAUUGAGGCUUUCAGUCAAAGGUAUUGUGUUUGUAAUCCAGCACUGGUGAGGCAGUUCCAAAACCCAGACACCAUCUUCAUCCUGGCAUUCGCCAUCAUCCUCCUCAACACAGACAUGUACAGCCCCAACAUUAAAGCAGAGCGGAAGAUGAAGCUGGAUGAUUUCAUUAAGAACCUACGAGGGGUGGAUAAUGGUCAGGAUAUCCCACGUGAUUUACUAGUUGGAAUCUACCAGCGCAUUCAGAAGUGGGAACUGAGGACCAAUGAUGACCAUGUUUCUCAAGUCCAGGCCGUGGAGAGAGUCAUAGUGGGCAAGAAACCUGUUCUGUCUUUGCCACAUCGCCGGCUGGUUUGCUGCUGUCAGCUCUAUGAAGUCCCGGACCCCAACCGUCCCCAAAGAUCUGGAGUGCACCAGAGAGAGGUCUUCCUCUUCAACGAUCUAGUUGUGGUUACAAAGAUCUUCCAGAAGAAGAAAACCUCCGUGACAUACAGUUUCAGACAGUCCUUCCCACUGGUGGAGAUGCAGGUUCACAUGUUCCAGAACUCCUACUAUCCUCAUGGUGUCAGACUAACGUCUGCGAUCCCAGGGGGUGAGCGCAAAGUUUUGAUUGUAUUCACAGCCCCCAGUCAACAGGACCGCACACGUUUUGUCAGUGAUCUGAGGGAGAGCAUUGCUGAGGUGCAGGAAAUGGAGAAAUACAGAGUGGAGUCUGAGUUGGAGAAACAAAAGGGUGUAAUGCGGCCCAGCCUGCUCACUAACAGCAUUAUGGGAGGGGGAGUGGUCGGAGUCAAGAAUGAAGUGGUGAAUGGCACCAUGGGUAGACCAAGUCUGGAUGAUAACUAUUCACCAGGAGAGGGCCUCAAACGUACAGCACUCAGCUCAUCACUGAGGGACCUGUCUGAAUCAGGGAAACGUGGCCGCAGAAACAGCGUUGGUUCCCUUGACAGUACAAUGGAAGUAAGUCUGAGUGAAGCAGAGCAGUCCGCGGCCUCACCAGCGUUACCCAGUAGCCACUGUGCUCCCGGGAUGCUAUGGAGCAGAAGAGUACCGGCCUCACCGCCCUAUCCUGAGCCCCGGAGUGGGGGUGGGGGGUGGGCCGGGGCAGCAACACACACCUGCAGUGACUGGCGCUGGUCCAGUCUCCAGCAGCAACGAGAGAGGAGUGACCGGAAUGGCCACUGGGAACAACAACAACACAGGUUCCUUCCUGGGCUCCCUGUUUGGGAGCAAACGAGCCAAAGCCCCGGGCCCUAUCAUCCCCCCGGGGCCACCUUACCCCGCCCCUGUGGCCCCACCGACUACAGGAGGGCCGCCGCCUCUUUCCCCGUCCUCCCUGUGCCCGGGAGAGGGAGGGGGACCUUCCAAGAUCCAAGCCCUGCACGCCCAGUACUGCCACACCACUACCAACAGCAACAAUGUCAGUGGGCAACCUCCACCCCCGUACUACCACCACCAUCGCUACCACGCUCAGACUGUGCCGGCGUCUGGUCAGGUGCACCAUACGCUUCAGCGGGUUACCUUGCCUCGCCGUCCGCUCCCCAACCCCUCCGCACAAUCCCAGUACCAGCCGAUCACCCAGCAUACUUUGCAGGGUCGUUACGGGAGUAUGGGCAACAUGGGCUGCGGCCAUCCUCCCCCCCUUUCUCCUCACUCCCCACUGUCCCCUCACCCGCAGUUUGCGUUGUUCCACACACAGCCCACACCCUCGGCCAGAGGGGGCGGCAUCACCAAGCCGCCUCUCACGCUGUCGCACUCGCACCCACACACACACUCCCACACCCACCCUGUGCACGUGCACACGCCCCACCCGGGCUCCCACCCCGUGCACCAACCUCACUUCGUCUUCGCCAGCCCUCCUCCUCCGCCUUUCCCUGCUCCCACUCAGCCGCCUCCAGUCUCCGUGUCCGCCACUGUCCACCAAGGGCCUCCGGCCGCCCAGUAUCUGCCCCAGUAUCCUCCGCUGUCCUCUAUUCCCCCUCCCCCCCUCCACUCCCCUUUACCCCCCCCUUCCUCCCCCCUUAUCCCUCUUACGCCUCUCUCCCCUCUCCCCCCCCAGCACCAAGGCCCCCCUUCGCAAGCCGGGGCUCAGCAAGGGCCCUCGUCGGCCCAGACUGGAGCCGGACCUGGGGGGACAGGUACGGUCGAACGCGCCAAAUCCAAAUCUACCAACCGGAUCAGCACGGUAGUGUGAGCCGGGGGAAGUCGCGAGGCUGGGGGUCGCUGAAGGGACCUUUGAUGGUUGGAGGAGGGACUGCUGCGAUGGUGGAGGAGGCAGGCGGCAGGGCAAAAACAGAUAACAACAACAGUGGCAAAAAGAAACGCAGCCUGCUGAGACUGUGUUACUUUCACCUGCGCUUUCCACAGGUCUAGAGACGAGGCGAAACUGCGCAUAUGUAGGCGCUACAGGUAGUUUGAUACAAACAAAGGCUCUCAGGUAGACUAGUGCCGUGGGAUGUAAACAAGAAUACAAUCAAGAAAACCAUUUAAGACACUUGCCUUUAGUUCUAAUGUUGUAGAUGUCAUUGAUUUGGCUGGGGAGCCAAAUAAAAUAUUAAACAAAUCACACAAGAAACUAAAGCAUGCAAAAGCAUUUCAAACUCAUACAAAAAAUGAAACAUCCACAGUCUUGUUUCAAGUUUUAGAGCCAUAAAGCUAAAGCUAAAAACUUUUGCAUAGCACAUUUAUGAUUGGUGAAUAUACAGGCAAUGAUACACCAGUGCUUGAGCUGGGCACCCGUCCAGAUAACGUGAAGACCGGAGAGCAUACCAAUGACUCUGUACUGCAUAUAUUCUGCUGGACGUGAACAUCAAAGCACAUUACAAGUUCAAUGAUUUAUUACAUUCCAGUAUAAGUAAAACGUGUCAAGCAUUAGUCGAUAGCAGCCGCAGGAUGCAAUAAUCUUUUCGCUAAAAUGAUGUCCAGCUUCUGUUUGCUGAAGAAUUUUUAAUUCUUUAUUGUUUUGCUUUUUUGUACAGAGCUAUAUGUGUUAAGAGGGAUAAACUUGCCAAGCAAAUAUUUUAAAGGUGUGAUUGUCUGAAUUUUAGAAGUAUGUCAGUAUUGACCUCUGGCAUAAUUGACAGCUGUAAAAAAAAGUCUUGUACUGUAUGUGAAUGUGCUGUUUGUAAUUAUCUUUAUUCAACUAGAAUUACUGGCCAUCAAAAUGAUAAACCUUUGUACAUAAAAUAAUAUGAGGUACAACAUGAAAAUAAUAGGCUAUGCUAAGAAACAAUCAGUAACUUUUAGUAACGUUAUUUUGCAUUGUUUUUAUUCAUAAAGUUGCACCAGGCUGAAAACAAAUUCACAGGAAAAGACAAUGAGCUAAUCUUGCUAUUUAAUAACAAGUUUUUGAAAGGAUAAUUCUUGACAAUUUAAGAAAAAAAUAAUUUUUUAAAUGUUGAACCCAAAGUAUUGUUUUUUUUAUUUCUUUAAUGUAGUUUUUGCUAAAUCUGUGCUGCUUUAUAUUUAAACAACAAUUUGGAUUAACAGUAAAUUUCUAUAUGAAGAAACCCAAAGGGGCUUGACAUUGUUUUAAAGGAUAUUUAUUCAUAUGACAGUAAAAAUAAACAAGAUACUAAAUGGUGUCAGUUGCUGACCUAAAGUUUAUAAAGUUGUCAAGGCCCAGAAUGUAAAAUAAAAAUUAUUUUAAUGCACUUUAUAAAUUAUAUGCUUUUUAAAAUAAUAUUAAAUCCUAUGUGGCACACAUAUGAAGGAAACAUUCCACUUUUUUGGAUUAUAAUUCUGAAACAUAUGAAAUAAGCAGUGUAAAGGAUUUUAUUUGUAUUCAUUAUUUUCACGCUAUUCACUGUUUUGGUUAUAUUAUAUGCUGGUAUAUGAAUGUUUGAAAUUUUAAUAAAUAUUAUAUUAUUCUGUUAUGUUUUGAAAUUGCAGAUGUUAUAAAUUCAACAAAUAUGAUAUUUGUAAAUAGAAAUGUUUUCCUUUCACAUUCAAUGAUCAAGAAUGUGCUUUAUUGUUAUUGACACACUUGUCCAAUGUUGAAUACUUGGUAUGGGUAUACUUAUCUUUUAUCAAGCAGAUGAUAUGUGCCAUGGUGUUUUUGAUUUAGCUUAUUUGUGUGCAGCUGAAUUUUAAGUUUUAGCUGAAAGACUUAUAUAUUAAGAGAAAGAUAAUAGUAUAUCUGAAUGAUCAAAAGUUUGUAAUUUAAGCAGCCAUAGUGCAAAUAAUGCUUGAGGUUUAUGUUUGUGUGAAUGCAUAAAGUGAUCUCAAGUGGUUAUAUAUUUCCAGGACUGGGCUUUAUGCAGAUGCUCAGUAUUGUGUCUUGAUGUGAUGCUGAAGUGUUGAGUGUGUGGUAGUUAUGCCUUUUUCUACCCUGUGAAAUCUUUGAUAUUUCAUAACAGUGGCAACAACAAAAGGUUUGCUUUUUAAGAUGGCUACUAGUCAUUAUGCUUAGCAUUUUAUGCUUAGCACUAAUAUUACACCAGGAAUUACCUUAAACCAAUGUAAGAUGAGAACAAAAUAUAAAGAUUAUAAAUCUGUGCAAUAUAAACUACAUUCACUUUAUUCCAUAAAUGAUUUGACUAAUCAUUUACCAAAACACUUUUUUUUCAGUGUAAAUUGUAUUGCAUGAGUAUGUCUGAAUAUACUGAGCACUGCAUAAACACACUGUACAUAGACUAUCACAGUUUGAUUUAGUAUUGAAAAUGGAAUGGGAUAAACUGUAUUAAAAAGGUGUUUGUAUGAGUGAGUGUGUGUGUUUGUGUGAAUGUGUGUGCUGGAAGAGAAUGCAUUAAGUGUAUAUUAUUAUUGCAUAUUUAUUUUAAUUAAAGUAAUAUCAAAGGAAAUUAAUUUUAUCUGUAAACGUGUACAAGUGUGUAUGUUAAAGCAGACUGAGGUGUAAUUUCGAGGAUAAAGGUAUAUGAAGUCAUCUUAUUUGUGUACAGAUAAUAUAUAAAAUAAAAAUCGGAGAAAUGUGAAUAUUUAUUGCCUAUAAUUAUAAAUAAAAAUAUAGU